GUUCUCCCCUUCCUGUUGUCUCCUGGUCUAAACUGCGAGCCCCGUUACCAUGGAAGCACACUGUGGAGGGUGGAGUUCUGACUCUGACCAGCGUGGGGCGCCAGGAUUCAGGACAGUACAUCUGUAAUGCCACCAAUACACAUGGAUACAGCCAGGCAUACACACAGCUAGAGGUGGACUCCCCUCCCUACACCACCAGUCUACCAGACCAGGUGAGACUCCGCCCCGGUGACACCCUCCGUCUCCAGUGCCUCGCCCACGGCUCUCACCCAAUCACAUUCCGUUGGACACGGGUGGGCCGGGCCGGCAUGCCCGCAGGGGCGGAGACCAUUAAGGAUGGCCAGCUGCUGAUUGGCCAGGUGAAGUUGAAUGACAGCGGGACCUACAAAUGCGUGGCGACCAAUCACGUUGGUUCCAGCGAGGCUCUGGCGAAGGUCACAGUGAAAGCCUAAGCCAUCUCAUCUCCCCUGCGGCUCUCGUCAUACGUCUAAUGUUGAUGUCACGAACCCCACAACCCCCCCAAGAUAUGCAUAUAUAGUGGGGAAAAAAAUGUUUAUGAAAUAAAUGUUGAUAAAAUCAA